CUCACACCUUUUUUGUUGUUUCUUGGAAACCUUGAACAUUGUUCCCAACUUCCCGUAGUUCUAACAGUUCGUUCCCGUUGAUCAGUGAUCACAACAACCCCACCACCAAACCCCAACUCGUCUUUUAUGAAAGCAAGUACUAUAUAUAUGAACUAAUUCUAUAAACCCCAUUGCAAUUUCAUUUCUGAGAAAAGAAGAGGGAAAGAGAAAGCAUUGGACUCACCAUGUCUGAGAUAGUCAACGAGGCUUGGAGAAAAUACCGUAUACAACUUCAGUCCUACCCUCUCAGGACCAAGGCAAUUACAGCAGGAGUUUUGAUUGGGGUUAGUGAUGGAAUAGCCCAGAAGAUCUCUGGGAUCAAGAAGCUUCAACUCAGAAGAUUGUUUCUUAUGAUGCUCUAUGGGUUUGCGUAUACAGGGCCAUUUGGGCACUUCCUCCACAAAUUGAUGGAUAUAAUAUUCAAGGGAAAGAAGGACAACAAAACUGUUGCAAAGAAGGUUCUGCUGGAACAGUUAACUUCAUCUCCUUGGAACAACCUGUUUUUCAUGCUGUACUAUGGCUUGGUGGUUGAAGGUAGACCAUGGAGUUUAGUUAGGACAAAAGUUCGAAAGGACUACCCUUCCGUUCAGUUGACUGCAUGGAAGUUUUGGCCUAUUGUUGGUUGGGUGAACUACCAGUAUAUGCCUUUGCAGUUCCGGGUUUUAUUUCACAGCUUCAUUGGUUCAUGCUGGGCAAUCUUCCUUAAUCUGAAGGCUAGAUCAGUGGUGAUAAAGCAGGCGUAGGACUAAACAUAUUUUUUUUUUUUUUUUGUGAAAUUGUGUGUUUCUAAUUAUUACCCUUUGUAUAACUUGGUAGCUGUAUUAGCAUUCCGAAUGCCUUUGAUUUUUCAUUAACAGUCUGUUUCUAUUUCACCGUUGAGUGUUGUAGUAUUAACAUGGUAAAUCCAAAUAAGUUACCAGAAGAUCAA